AUGCGUUCUUCUAUCGCUCUCUUGGCUGCUUCUGCUGUCGGUGCUCUUGCAAAAGACACCUUGACUACCUCGCUUUUCCUGGGUGGUUCGCAGAACGACGGACAGCAGUUUGCUGGAUCAGUCGUCUCCGCAGGCCCCAGCGAUACCGUCUAUGAACUCGUAUGCACGGAAACUGCUGUUUGCGGCACUUUGUCCCUUGCUGCAACCCUCACUGUUGGUCCAUCGCACCUCGAAUACCAGUUCGCCACGGAAACCAUGGGCGUUGAGGCCUCUGUCUCCGAAAGCUGCGAUAUCAGUGGAACUGCCUCUGCUGUUUGCCAAGUCACUUUCAACAUGGAGAUCAACGUCCAGGAUAUCACUUCCACAAGCACAUCUAUUGAGACCACCACGACUCUCAGCGAGUUGGGCAUGGUGCCUGUGGUGCUGACUGCUGGUGUUGAGAAGCUAUCCGCUGCCACACCUGCUUCCGCUCCCGCUUCGUCUACUGCUUCGGCUGCUGGAUCAUCAAAGGCCUCUGGCUCGGCAAAUGGUGCUUCGUCGUCCAGCACAUCUGGUGCAUCUUCUACUAUGUCGAGCGGCAGAGGUGGCGAUGUUCUGGCAUUUGUCAUGUUCUCGGCCAUCUCGGUAUCGGUUGGUGCCCUCAUGGUCCUUUAG